UUGUACUGCUACUGCUAGAUUGAUAUGGGUAUUAAACGUUAGAAACGAAGUCUUAUUUCCCUACAAUUGGCAAUUAUUUUUUUGAAUAACAAAUACUCCUGGACAUUCAGUCGUAAGUAUUUAAAUUAAUAAAUUUGAUGAUUUAUCCUUCCAUUAGCUGGUACGAAAAACAUGCCACAUCUGUAGGGCUUACUAUGAUAAUACUAUCCCUAAGCCACAAGUCACAAGCAUCUACUUAAGUGACUUAAGACUAAUGUUAAUUAAGUGAAGUCUAAGGCGGAGUCUAAGUCUAAAUCACUAAGACUAAGAGAGACUUACUAAGACUAAUAAGUUGUUGUGUAAGUGAAAGUGAGUAAUGUAGUGAAUUGUAAUAGUAAAAUAUUCAAAAUCUAAAAAUAUAAAGUACAAGUUACGGCUAAUGGUAGUUGUGGAUGCCACGAUGUACAGGUUCAGGUUAGGCAUAGGCUAUGGCAUAGGCAUAGGGAUCGAUUUAGGCAUUUUAGGGUUCAGGUUAGGCAUUGGGGUCGAUUUAGGGUUCAGGUUAGGCAUAGGGAUCGAUUUAGGGUUCAGGUUAGGCAUAGGGAUCGAUUUAGGGUUCAGGUAAGGCAUAGGUAGGUUUCGACCAAGAUGGCGGCCAUUGAGAAAAUAGUGGCAUCCAUACUCACCAUUUACCCAAGUUACUUUUCUAGACCUUCUAUUUUACUAAACGAAGUGAUUAUUCACAGAGCUGUGCAGAUAACGCUCGCCGUUAGUCACAGAUUUCGGUCUGCGAUAACGCUCGGCGUUAUUUGCAGAAUGUGAUGAAUUAAAUUAUGAAUAUAAAAUACAAAGUUCGUAUGUAAGCAUCUCCUCGGUAGUGUAGUGGUCAGUAUCUCCGCCCGUCACCCGGCAGACAUAGGUUCGAUUCCCCGUCGGGGAAGUCUCAUUUUUAUAAAUAAAAUUUAAAAAAAAAAUAUUUAAUGGUUAUUUCGUAGUGUUAUAUUAUAAUAAUAUUCUUCAUAUAGCUUUCUUAUUCUGUUCACAUAGUUUUAUUAUUAUUUUCAUAUAGUUUUGUUACUUAUGUUACAAGUUUCAAUCUAUUUUGUUAGAAUGUUCAUUCAAGUUUCGUUAAAAAAAUGUAAACAACAUGAACAUGCAGAUGAGCCGCAUAAACCAUGUUUAAGUCAUAUACAGCUAUUCUAACUGUACAUUGUGAUAUACUUUUAGCUCUUUUGACUGUUUAAUUUUCUUUGUAUAAUUCCACUCAUAGACUAUAACAUCCAUUUGUUUUUUCUCUAAUAAACAAAUAAUUAUUAAUAACUUACUUAUUCAAAUAUUUUAUAUCUCAGAGUUGUGUAUUAAUGUUUAGCUGAAAAAAUAUGUCACGUUUUUAUUUGUUUCAUUUUAUUUUCUAAUAAGUAUCAUAAUAAGUAGGGACACAAUAUGCCGCUCCAGAAAUAGUUGAAAUAACAUUUAGUGAUGACAAUGAAAUGAACUUACCGGUACCGUACUUAAAACAUAUCAAUAUCAUUGACAUCAACAAUUUUAGCUCUUGUAAAAAAAAUGUUGAUAAUUGAAACAAAAAGCCAUACUGUCACUGUUGUAACUAUGGGUCGAAAUACAAAAAGCCAUACUGCCACUGUUGUAACGAUGGGUCUAAAUACAAAAAGCCAUACUGCCACUGUUGUAACUAUGGGUCUAAAUACAAAAAGCCAUACUGCCACUGUUGUAACUAUGGGUCUAAAUACAAAAAACCAUACUGCCACUGUUGUAACUAUGGGUCUAAAUAUAAAAAAAAAAGCAUACAAAAAUUAAUUGGAACCCUGCUGGUCGUAGGAUGCAUUGCGAGUCUUCGGGAAGUAAAGUUCCCUUGGGGCUAUUGAAGCAGUGUUUACAAGUGUGACUGUAUGGCCAGCGCAAUAACCAGCCAGCUUUACUUUUCCCCAGCUAAGGCCAGAGCUGGGUAGACUUAGGGACACCCUCAAGGAUCAGGAAAAAAUACUAGCCUUAAACAGGAUUAGAUUCUGUUAUUAUCGAUGUAGGGCCUAUAUGCCCCUCCCCGUCUCUCACAUGGCCGCCUGAUGGAGACACCUCUCUGCAUCAUAACACUGUUGCACGGCAUGUCAACUAUUUCUGACAGAACAUUUCUGGACUACGUGAUAUAUCAUAGUGCUUUAAAAAAAAAACUAAACGAUAUCCUAUCAAGCUUUGACAUCAUUUAAAGACAUCUCUACAAUGGGUGAAAGUGAGUCUACAUGAAGAAUACCGGUACCAUUUUUAUUACUGGUAUAACAUUUAAUAUGAAAUACCAGAAAAUUAGCUAUGUCUAGGAGUAGGAGGUUUGACUGGAUCUAUUAGUAACACUCUAUAGGUCGAAUAUGUUGGCCCCUAACAGAGCAGAUGUAGGCACAAUUAAUUGUCCUAUAUCCAAUAUAUAGGCUAUAGUUAGGCCUAUUAAAUUUUUUAAAUUUAACUUGUGCAUACCGGUAGCUUCGGUUUUGAGAUGUGUUUGUGCCAUUCUCAUUAACGAUCGAUCUAUCCUACACUACUUAAAACUACACCCCUACCCCGGCUUGGAAUGUGAUCUUAAUUAUUUCUAGAAAUGUGCGUAAUUAUGGGAACAUUUCUGUCUAACAAUAACGCUCUGCAUUUUUCGCAGAUUUUGGUCUGCCUAUAACGCUCGGCGUUAUUCGCAGAUCUCGGUCUGCCGAUAACGCUAAACAUUAUUCACAGAGCUUUGUGGAUAACGCUUCCCUUUACUAAAAGUUUAGCCAGUUUAUCAAAAUUUAUGACUUUUACAUUUUAGAUAGAGACAGUAAUUUUCAGUGGCAUAGAGUAUCAUAGGGGUAGGCUAGUCUAAGUAAACUAUUAACGGGUGCAGAAGAGUGCACCUUUUUCUUUAUUAUUGAAAUUUAUUGUAUAAAGAUAUUAAAGAGGCAGCUGUGUUUUUAGACAACUCAAGUUGCCAACUGCAGAGUUUUUAUUUUGUGGAAUCUUGGCCUGCUCAGUUAAUCAAAAAUGAUGUUUUCCAGGUUGAAUUGCUAUUCAGUGCUAUUUAAACAAAACGGCUAAAAGCUAUUUUUUUAUUGAUGUCCGCCCAUCAAUAGUGCAUUGGACCAUUUGGAGAUAGCGUGACUUCGUUUUUGGUGGUAUAGAAAGAGAGGGUGGGCCCUGCUUUCACUUUGUAGUGCCAGACCAUAAUAAAAAUAAAAAGCUACCCUGUCCCUGUAUAAACUAAGCUAUAUUCCUUAAAAAAAUUUAGUAAAAUAAUUCAUUAUUAUUAGAACCUACUCAGUUUUUGUAUUUUUAAGGAUCGACAAUAAUAAAUUAUUUCAUCACUACUGAAAUGAUAGUCAUAAUUGGCAUUUUCGGAGUGCAUAUCUUUUUUUAGGAUUGGUGAAAUUUAAUGACUUAAAUAUGUAAAUUAUGGAAAGGGAUGUAGCGUCUCUGCAACUAAACCCCAUUCUUCUGAGGUUACCAAAUGUUUACCAUACAGCUAUGCAUGGCGAAAAAAAUUGAAUAAAAUUUACUAGUGUCGCCAGAACACAAAAGUUACAAUGAUGCCGAUGAGGAAAUUAAUAAUUUUGUAUACAACAAUGACGUAGAACACACUAAACCAAAAUAAUAGGAAAAUCCUUUUAGAAACUGUGACACAGGCUUUAUCAUCAUUUUUGGACCUGCGCAGAACCAUGCGCAGAUGAGUAUCCGAAGUACCUAAUAUUAGAUUAAUGAGACACUAAUAAUUUGUGUAAAUAAAACAAUAUAUGUUAAGCUUUAAUUAUGAUUAGCAAAAAUAAAAAUUUAAACUCGGCUAAUGCCACUUAUGAUAUGAGCAAAAACCAAUAAUAUAAUUAUAAAUUAAAUUUACAUUAUGUAUGUACAUACUAAAGAAAAGAAUAAGAAUGGGCACAAGUCCCUAACAAAACAAAGAUAAGAAAAUAGAAAGAAAGUGGGUGGAAGAAAGUGGUUGGAAGUAAAAAUCAAACAGGAAAAAGAUGUUGCAGCUACGUAAAAUUGUUAAUUUGGUUUAUGCCACAUGGAGUCAAUGUAACACAUUUUUUAAUUAAAUUGUAUUCCAUAUAAAUUUUAUCGCGUCUGUUACUGGCAUAAAAUACACCAUUAAUGGGCAUUUCCAAUAUUCCAUCAUGGUUAGAACUGUAUAAAUGUUAAGAAACGAGACAAAGGGCUUGCUUAUUGAUAUUGUAAAGGUGUUCUCUAAACCUGGCUCCAAGGUAACAACCUGUCUCCCAUAUGUAUGAUUUUUCCGCACUUUCACUUUGAUUUUGAAUAUUUCCAGAGGGAAAUUUAUCUUAUCAGCUUCAAUCAAAAAUGUGUUACAGUGGCUUCAGUUGCAGCUGUCAGGGCCUAUAUGUGCUUUAAUAGCAGACAGGGUGCUUCUAACAGAAAAUAAAUAGAGGAGGGUUUUUUAUAUACCAUAUUUAUUGGCGUAUAACACGCCCCCGCAUAUAACACACACCUCAAUUUAAGAAGGAAAUUUCAGGAAAAAAAAACUAAACAUUAUAUCGGCAUAUAACACGCACACAUGAUUUGCCCCCUAUUUUCGGGGAGAAAAAGUGCGUGUUACAUGCCAAUAAAUACGGUAUGUGAUGUGGUAAAAAGGUCUGCCUUAAGGAUUGACCGGUUUUUAAGGACUAGAUAUUGAGCCAUAAGGUUGUGGGGAUGAAAAUUUAUAAUGAAUUUAGACCUAUCACCAGUGUGAGAAUGAGGUUGUUUAAACGAGUCCUGUUGGUUGUUGGUUACACCUUUAAUUUCAGUUACAACUGCUUAAAAAAUUGGCUCAGGAAAUAAUCUAUGUCAGAAAAAAGUACUCUGUUCCGCCGUUUUUUCCACAAAAUCCUCAUCAUUGCUGCAAAUUCUUCUGAGUGUAAGCAAUUGAGAGAAAGGAAUAGACUUUUUACAUGACUGAGGAUGGAACAAUGAGCAGGAAACUUAGUCUUAGAUAUCAUGUUCUUGUUUAAUAUAAUUUUGAAGUCCAAAAAACUGACAUUACUUUCAUGGAAUAUAGAAGUAAAUUUGUUUGAUGGAUCAAAAUCCCCUAUGAAAUCAAUAAAACUUUGUAGCUAUGGUGUAUCCAUGUUUAUAAUUCAUAUGCAAUCAUCAAUAUAUCUUUUGUAGUAUUCCGGGAAAGGACCUAUGCAGUGUUCUCUCCACUCAUGUUCCAAAUGGCCAAUAAAUAAAUAUGCAUAUAUGUUUCCAUUGCAACACUACUGAUCCGAUAAAAAAAAAUUGCCAUUAAGUUCUAAAACCAGUUCUGUCAAAUGUAUACAAAGGCACUUGUUGGAAAUUUAGGAUUAGGAUUUAUAUUCAGAAAAAAUUAAAUAGCAUUAAGACCAUCAGUGUGAGGAAUUGAUGUGUACAAAGAAGAAACGUCCAUUGUAAAAGGUGAGGAGGUUUUGUUGGGUAAAACCGAAGACUUGAGAAAUUUUAUCACGUAGCUACUGUCCUAAAUAUAUGACGCGAAUUCGCAAAGAUUUGCUGGAAAAUUGUUUAUAAAAAAAUCAGAAAUUAAUUCAGUAGGACAAGAGCAAGCAGAGACAAUAGGUCUUCAAAGGCUUCACUCCUUUUGAAUUUUUGGUAACAAAUAUGAACAUGGUUAACCAAGAUCAUUGUCAUAAAUUUGAUGCAGACUCUGGUGAUUGGCCAAUAUGAAUAAGAUUUUUGGUGAUGUCCUUGACAAUGUCAUUAUUUAGGACAAAAUUGGGUCAUUUGGCCUUGGGAUGUUAAAAGUUGUAUCUUUUUAUUGCUUGGAGACUUCUUCAAUGUAUAAUUUCUUAUCCCAAACAACAGCUCCACCUUUGUCUGCAGGUUUUAUAUUAAUGUCCCGACAUUCUUUAAGUUGGGAAAAUGCUUGCCAUUCCUUUUUCCAUAAGUUUGAUUUAUGAAGUGGAGUUUGGCAAAGAUUUUUUAAUUGAUUUCUGUACUUUUAAUACAAAGGUUAAGUGUUUUAUAUUGAUCAGGUGGAGAUGUGCAUGGAGAUUUGCUUUAUAUAUUGAAUGUACUUAAUUUAUUUAACAUAGGGAGCCAUACUUAAAUGACAUACUAUUUAUUCCAAUUUUUUUACCCCCUUUGGCUUCUGUCAGAAAUCAUAAAAAAAAAAACGGAAAUAAGACACAGUCCUCACAAAAGGCUUUCAAAUAUGAAAGUAAAUAAAUAUUCAUCGACCUUUGGUUUUGAAAUAAUCAAAUAUUUGUUAUAAAUUUUAUGAAAAUAAAAUCACCACAUUCCAGAAUAUUCCACUUAAAAAGAAAAUUACAACAAUUAUGUUCCACAGGUUAGCACUUCUUUCAAACUAAUUUCUAAAAUUACCUGACUCUUUAAUUUUAAAAUGGCUUCUUAGAUAGACCCAUAAAACUUCAAAAUAUUAAUUGAAGUGAAAUUAGUAAUUGAAAAAUGCUUGCUGAUCAUGUCAACUGGGAUGUGAGAAUCUCUGUUAAGGCAAAAUUUUAUUGCUUUCUUAUUUAGCAACUUAUAUAGUUCAGUACAACACCAAAUUUGACCUUGGUAUAUUGAAAAUUAUUGGUUAAUAAUAAAAAUUUGCUAAAAGGAUAGGGGAUAUUUUUAUAAGAAUUUUAAAUCAGCUAAAACUAUAUUUUACCUCCAAAGUUAUUGAUCAUAGGCAUAUGCUAAUUAUUAAAAUUUGUAGUCCUAGGAGUGUGGGCUGUGUAUGUAGUCUGUAUCCAUCUGCAACAGCAGCAACUCAGAUGACAAAUUUUACAGCAGUCAGUAGAUGUGUAAUCUAGAGUGAAUAAAGCCUAGAUAUCAAUAAUAUGACCUAAUAUUGGCUAGCUUUGACAAUGAGUUGACUUUUGAUUUGGUCAGUUAGGCCUUAAGUCUUAAGUAUUUGAUUUCCAUUUGAGUUAGAGUAAGCCCUCCUAGAACUUAGACUUACUAAGGCUACUAAUAGCAUAGUGGUCAGCACAUGCAGCUCUAACUCUUUGAUGGAUUAGAUGCAGCCUUUUAAAACGAUUUAUAUAUAUGCAGCACCAAAAAUAUUCUCUUACCACAUAAAAAAUCAUAUAAUUUAUAUAAAAAAAGGUUGCUGAACCUUGGUAUAAAAGUACUAUAAUUAGCCCAAGUCUUAGACGAAGUUAUAGCCAGUCCUAGUUAAUAAUUUCCUGGUCUUAUAUGUCUAGAUAUCAUUUUAUUUGUAUAAUAUCUAGCCAGAUGAUUCGUCACCUGUAAUUUAGUGAUGAUGAAUUCAAGUGUCAUCAUGUCCCUACAUGCUCAGUUAUAAUUAAUGAACUUUAAAGAUUUAUUAUAGGCCAAUAUAUGAUUAUUGUACUUAAAUUUUUUAUGCUGCCAUGCGAGCAGUAUCGCAGACAAUUUUUAUGUAACUGUUAGGGGCGCAGUAUCACAGACUAUGGGAUUGUAGAAAAUGUAUAUAUAACUGAAAUCAUUUAUAACAUAGAUCUAGUUAUUUCUUUUUAAAUCUUUACUUCUUAGAUGGAUGAACUGCAAAAACUUGAGUAUCUGUCACUAGUCUCCAAAGUUUGUACAGAGCUGGAAAACCAUUUAGGGAUUAAUGACAAAGAUUUAGGUAAGUUCAAAAUUUAGCAAAUUACUAAUUUCUAUUGACAGACAUUAUAUGUCAAUUCCACUUUUUUUUUUUUAAAUUAAAAAAUUAACUCUUUAGUUAACAAUUUAUUGCAGUUUCCAAAAAACUUUUAAUGCAUGCAUUUAUUUUUAUCUCUUACCUCUUUCAGCUGAAUAUGUAAUAGAUCUGGCUGAAAAAAACAACACAUUUGUCAGCUUUAAAAAAGCUCUAGAAGAAAGAGAUGCACAGUUUUCUGUAAGUGUCAAGUUAAUUAAAAUGUUUUAAAAUGAUAUGAUUAAUUUAGGAUAUAAAUAAACAGUUAAAAAAAAAUUAAUGUAUUAUGACAAAGUCUCAGUAUAUAUUUUACAUCCUGAAAUUUGCAUCACUGCUAAAAUAGUUCUUUCUUUUUUAUGCUUAUUUUUUCAGGAAUCUCUUAUUGCAAACCUUCUGCGGUUAAUUCAGAAAAUGAAACCCAAGACUAAAAGUUUUGAGGAGGUUGAAAAGCAUCUAGAUCACAAGGAAGAUGUAGAUUUAAAAAAGAAACUUUUUCCUGGAUUAGCCAUUCCAAAUGACCCCAAAAAUAGAGUAAGUGGUGUCCUUAAGAGCAUGGCAUUUAUGAAAUAUUUGAACUAUUAUUUGUUUAAAUAAAAGUGCUGAAAUCAAACACAUAUCCAGAUGUAGUAGUAUUUUAUGAGCUCCUUUCUUAUUGUAAAUGUAGCCCCUUCAUUCCUUUGAAGUCUAAAUAGAGUGUAGCAUGUUACAAAACAUAUGUUGGUUGUUUCUUAUUUAGAACAUGUUGAGUGAUGAGGACUACAGCAGUGAAGAUGAUGAAAAGAAAGGGUCGUUCACACCAGAAUUCAAAGAUGAAAAGCCAAGUUCAUCAAAAAUAGGAAAAGAUGGAGAUGCUUCUGUAGCCAAGAGCAUGAUGUUGGAAUUAGAGGCUCUGCUUGGCAAGGCAUCUAAAAAGAGUAAAGAUGUUGACACUGUUGAAAAGAAAAGGAGAGGCAGAAGUCGCAGCCGCAGCAGGAGCCGCAGCAGGAGCCGCAGCGGAAGCCGCAGUCGUAGUCGAAACAAAGACAGGCACAGGUAAGAAGGCAUGGUAAAAUAUAAAGCUGUGCUCUAGUUUUGUGACAUGCAACGCAUUAAUUGUUUAAUUUGUUAAUUAGUUAAAUAUUUUUUAAUGCGACUUAUGUAUGUGGCAUUAAAAAUCAAAAUUCUUUUAUAGAAGGCGAAGGUCCAGAAGCAGGCACAGAUCUCGUAGCAGAUCACCCAGAAGUCGUUACCGCCACAAAAGUAAGUCUCGGUCACGAAGCAGGGACAGGGGUCGUAGAGAUAAAGAUCGCAAUAUAAGAGAUUCUGACAAAAUGAAAGGAAAAGACAAGUACAAUGAUAUCCCCUUGGAGCCUCUAGUUGGAGCUGUAAGUAAAUGCUGACUAUUGCUCUUAUUGAAAAAUGCCUUUUGUUUUGAAUUCUUUAUUUGAUCACAGAAUUAUUGGUAAUAUGGAUCAUGUGUUUGCUAAAACUCAUUUGAUAAGCAAAUUUUUCCUGUUUCAAUUUUUAAUUGAGCCAAGUAAUAAGUUGGCAUAAAAUAUGGAUGCAUCAGGAGAAAAAGGCAUCAUUAACAUUUGAUUACACUGAUUACCAUCUUCAGACAUCUUUAUGCAACACAAAAUUACAGUUUUCAAAAGAAAUUAUAAUUUAGAUAUCAUUUCGGUUGUUUUUUAAAAAAAAUUAUUAAAUAAACAAUUGCUUAAGGCAACAAUCUAUCCAAGCAAGUCUUAACCUAUAUAAGUUUGGUACUUUGUUUUAAGUUUGUACAUUUUCAUAUGAUGGGAAAUUUUAAUAUUUUGUUUUAUAUAUACAUACACAAAGAAAAUGACAUGAAAAUAAAUAGAAAUAAAACUUUGGGUGCACAUUUUUAAAAAUUUAAAUUGUUCACAGAUAUAUGAGGGCAAAAUUACUUCUAUUUUACCAUUUGGAUGCUUUGUACAACUUGAAGGCCUCAGAAAGCGAUGGGAAGGACUUGUUCACAUUUCACAGGUACAAAUUCAUUUUGAAUUUUAAAAAAAAAACAACAACCAGAAUAGCAGUAAGUUCUUUAAAAGUUUGUCAGUUGGAUGUAACAUGGUAGAUCCUUUCCUGGGAUAGACUUGGAACAAUUGUGACUCAGUCUUUUAUUUUGUUAUUUUAGAUCCUUUCCUGGGAUAGACUUGGAGCAAUUGCGACUUAUUGUUUACCAAUGUAUAUUUACAAAACUAGUUACUUCGGUCUGGAUAUAGCCACAUAUUUUAUUCUCAAUCUCAUUGCUCCAAUUCAAGGCUCUAUUUGAUGUUUGGACAUUUUAUUAUGUUCAACACAUUUAAUUUAUAUUAUGUUUUUGCGGUUAAUUUUAGUGUAGGCUUUGAGAAGAAUGUUGCUGUAUGCCAUCAGCUAAGAGCAAAUGCAGAGCUCAUUUGUCUGGCUUUAAAAGGAAAGAAUGUUGAACCAAACUGAAAGAGAAUUUAGAGGAAAGUGGUGAGAGAUGGAAUGGGCAUCCAGUUUUGAUAUAAAAUUUGCAUAAUGUCAAUUUUUAUUUGUCAAUUCUUGAAUAGCUACGAAGAGAGGGCAGAGUUACCAAUGUUGGUGAUGUUGUGAGCAAAGGACAGAAGGUCAAGGCCAAAGUACUCUCUUUCACAGGAAACAAACCUAGUUUAUCUAUCAAGGUAUUCAGUUGUUGACCUAAAUGAUAUGAUAUUUAAACAAAAAUUUCUACAAUUGAAGUAGCAGUUUAAUGAAUUUAGCCAGACAGAAAAAGACAAGACAGAAGUUGGAUUUAGUGGCGACUCUGUUAUUAAAGACAGGUAAAUUGGGAAUAAUAUUUUUAAUCAUCAUCAUUGCUAAUGAAGAAAACCUGUGUUAUGUUCUGAAAUUUUCUGUUUAAAAGUUUGUAUUUGAAAUUAUUUUACUGAUGGCUGUACAUUUUUUAUUACAUCGGUUCAAUUUUUUUUUGGUGAAAUAUAUACAGCUGCAAGGUGCUUUGUUAAGCAUCCAUAUUAAGGGCUCUCUCCCUUAGCCUUAAAUUUACCCCAGCUAGUUGUUAUAAGCCCAUUCAUUUAACAAGUUAAUGACGAGGGAUCUAGAACUUAUUAAUUAGACUUGUUUGAAAACCUUUUCAGUUUAGCUUGACUUUGGACUAUCUGUUAAUGCUUUGGUAUUUAUUUUAAGUUUCUUCUUUCUGAAUCUACAUUUUUGUCAGUGAAAUCCUUAGAAUUUGUGUAAUUAAGUCUUUAGUGCUUAACAAGUGUGCAUAAAAAAUACAUGUCAUGUAGCUAAAUAACCUCUUCCCGUGCAACUAAACAAUGCCAAGUGAGCAGCACAACCCACUCUGAAACCCACGUAUCCACAUUUUCUAAAAGGUGGUGAACAGAAAAUUUUGCUGCAUAGGUCAGACUACUGCAAUGAUGGCAAGAUUACAUUCGGGACCUGAACACUUUCACCAAAACUUGACUCGUGUGAUAAUUUGAAAAAGUGGAGCAAACUCUCCUGCAUGAGAAUCUUCGAUGCCAGGUUGGACAUAUCUGAACAUUUGGAAUAAAAAACAGAAACAUAGAAUGGACAAAUAAAAAAAAUCAAAUAUACAACGUCGUCAAGAGGUUUGGUCACAUUUCAUUAUGGCCACAAAAACAAUGUCAGAGUCUAAAACUAAUUUUUUCCUAGCCCUACAGGGUUGACGUGUAGUAAUGUGCAAAUAACCGAAAAGCGUUUUAAAAGUUCAGGUUUUAUUAUUUACUGGUUUUGUCUGUGUUGCAUACAGUGAUACAUACGAUUUUAUGUCAAAGUAAUAUGCUUUGAAUUUGGCUCAUUAAAUGAACAAUAUGUGCAUAACAAAGGACUGAAAAUCUGUAAACAAAGAAAAAUGAUACCAAAGCUAUUGAUUUAACAAUAUUCAUUUUAAUUAUACUGUAUAUAAAAAUGUAUUGUAAUGUAUAUAAAAAUGCAAAAUCAAAUAUACAGAAAUAUACAAAACUAUAUUAACUUACAGCAAGUGAAUCAGUUUAUUCUUCAAAAGAUGCAAAUUUUAAUACUCAAACACACACAAAGAGUACAAUUUUGUGAGGCUCCUAUUACUAUAUCUUAUGGCAAUUAAAAUUAGCAAAUAUAUCACCUUCAGAAAGAAAUUCUAUAAAUUGUAUCACCUGAUAGCAUUUUGUAGAAAAAAUUAGAACAUAAUUGAAUCUAAACAACUUUUUCCCAAAUCAAGGUAGAGGUGGAUAAAAAGGUGAUGUCAUUAUAAAAAAAAAAAAGGAGGAGGGAGGUAAGGUUGAAUGACACGGCUUGUGGUGAACAAAAACUAUCUAAACACACAGGUUAUAACAUUCUGCAUGACAGUCCAAAAUGCAUAUGAAAUAAUCCCUUACUUUCAGAAUAAAUGUACAUGUUCAACAAUCCCACACAUGCUAUCACAACAAUACAGUAACAGCCUGUCCAAAAAUAGAACUUCACUCAUAGCAAAAUACAAUAAUAAGGAUUUUCAUCCUAAUGUCUAAUUCUAAUCUACUCUAAUGUCUGUCUCACAAACUGUACUGGCCUUUUAUAGUUGUGAUUCAAGCCAAUGACCAGUCCUACGUAAAUUAUUUCAACUCAUGAAUACAGGAAAAAUGUACACUCGGGGCUCACAUGACAAUGGCGGAUUCUCUCACAUGACAAUGGCGGAUUCUCUCACAUGACAAUGGCGGAUUCUCUCACAUGACAAUGGCGGAUUCUCUCACAUAACAAUGGCGGAUUCUCUCACAUAACAAUAGCAAGCCAUGAUGUACAUGUUCAAAAAUCCCACACAUGCUAUCACAAUAAUACAGUAACAGCAUGUCCAAAAAUAGAAAUUCACUCAUAGCAAAAUACAAUAAUAAGGAUUUUCAUCCUAAUGUCUAAUUCUAAUCUGCCCUAAUUCUCUCACAUAACAAUAGCAAGCCAUGACACAGCAAAACGGCAUCUUUGAUCUGUUCAUAACAGUAGCAAAAAAUAUGAGUUUUCAUUGCUGUAAUUUAAUCAUAAAUGUUGUUUUGGUAACCAGUUUCUUUUAACAAAUGACUUUUAUCAAAGUCCUUAUUUUGUUUAAGUGUAAUUAUAGUUAAAAAUAUUGCAAUUACCUUCACAGGAUGUUGAUCAAAGGACAGGAGAGGACCUGAAUCCUAGCAGUGUGAGUACUGGAGGGGAAAUAAGAAAUGAGGACAAUUCAGCUCGUAAUCCUGAUAGACCAAGUACUCUCCCUUUAGUAGAUGCACCAGAGCUAGAGGAUGAGAAGUCUGAAAUGAAAACAUUUAAGCGCAUGUCAUCACCUCAGCGAUGGGAGUUGAAGCAGAUGAUGGCAGCCAACUGUAUUGAUGUCACAGCUCUGCCUGAUUUUGAUGAAGAAACGGGGCUCUUACCAAAAGAAGAUGAUUCAGGUUACUAACAUUUUAUAUCUUACUGAAUAAUUGUUUAUAAGAGGAAAUCAUCUACAAUAGACUUUAAAAGUACUGCAAAAUGAGAAAGAGAUGACAUAAAUAAAUUUUAUUAACCAUAUUGAUGGUUAGGAAAUUUUUUUUCUCUCGCUUGUGUAAUUCUUUCUCAUGGAAAAAAUAAGGAAAUGACAAUAAUAUCCACCUGUUUAUCUCAUAAUAUUUCAGAGUUUGCAGUACGCAUAAUAUAUGUUGAUCCAAUAAUUUUUUUAAUAUUUUCAUUAAAUACCAAUUUUAUUAUUUUGUCACAGAUGAGGAUGUUGAAGUUGAAAUGGUGGAAGAGGAACCUCCAUUUUUGCGUGGCCAUGGAAGACAUUGGGUAGAACUUAGUCCUGUUAAAAUUGUAAAGGUAAAUAAAACCUAUAAUUUUGUGUAAUAUUUUUUGCAUAAAGUGGUGUUCUACUAGCACUGACCUGAGUAAAGGGACUUUAUGAUCAGUAGCCAGUAAUAAUAUUCAUGACCUGACAUUCAUAACACACUGUCAGCAUUGAGCAUAAAAAUAUUUACAUUUUUUUUAAUGUUACAAAUGUGUAGACGAUACUUAAGACUUAAAGUGCAAUCAUGUAGCGGAUAGAAUGUUGUCCAGGAGUAUGUCCCCUUCAUUAAGUUACAGAAAAAAAUGUCAGGGUGUAGGUAUCUGUGUUUAUUUCGCAUAGCCGCUUCAAGUGUGAUGUGUAAUAAGUAAGAAGUCAAAUAACUAUGAGACAUUUAAAAACUCAGGUUUCUUAAUUUAUCUGCUUAGUGUGCAAUACAUUCCAAAAAUGACAUGAAAAAAAUCACUGACUUUCUGAUUAAAAAUAUGUGUCCUAAAAAAAUUCCUUCACAUCUAUCAGAAAAAAAAAUUAACUGCCUCCAAAAAAAUGUAAUAAUAAUUUCACUCCUAUCAGCACAAAUGUAUAAACUAAUUUACUGCUCUGACUCUCAUGUCUGGCUCACAAAAAGUGCAUGGCUUUUAUGGCUGCUUCGUCACCCCAAAGCAUAGUCCUACAUGACUGAGUUCGCUAAUGAUCUAAAAGUGAAAAUUCUCCCUUCACUCACAUAAAAAAAAUUACAAAUCAUGAUCCAAAAAUACUACAGCAGAUGAUCUGAUCACUCACUUCAUUUUUCUAUAGAUCUGUCAAAGUAACAUUAUUUCUUUUUAGAUGUAGUGAAUGCCUUUUUUAAUAGGAAAUAUUACUCUUUAAUGAAGGUAGCAAAUCUGUUAUUUAAAAUUUUUAAAAAACAACAUUAUCAGUGAUUUUUCUAGCUUUUCUAUUUUCUACCUUUAAUCAAUGCUGAUCUUAGAAUUCAAUUUAAAUUAAAACAAACAAGAAAGAAAUAUUCAACUGCCGUGAUACGUUCAUGUGUCCUGUCACAUUAUAGGGCAGAAAUCUCUUUCAUCAAAUUGAUUUUUUUUUUUUGUGUUUAGAUUUUUAAGAGAAAUAGAAUGUUAAAUAAUCUGCAUAAUUAAUUUUGUCAUCAGAAUCCUGAUGGCUCCUUGGCCCAGUCUGCCAUGAUGGGAAAUGCCCUCCAAAAAGAACGCAGGGAAAUGAAGCAAGCACAACGAGAGGCAGAGGUUAACUCAGUUCCUACAGUACUCAAUAAUGACUGGAUCGAUCCAAUGCCAGAAGGUAUGCUGAGACAAUAGUCAGGGAUAUAAUUUUGAUUUUAUUGUAAAUGAACAAUGAUAUAACUAUAAAUUGUUUAAUCCUCAACUUAAAUCAUAGUUGGCCGCAAAAAUAAGUUUUACGUCCCAAAGAACUUGACGCAUUUUCAGAAGAGUUGAUUUAUAUAUAAUUGACAUAUCAUAACAACUUUGGUGUUUAAAGUUAAAUAUAUGAAUUUUUUUCUUACUUGGAUACAUUUAUUCUAGCUCUAUUUGAGUUUUAAUUUUCACAUAAAAGCUAGAUAUAAACCUUACAAAAUAAUUGUGGUAAUUUCUUAGAUGAAUGAAAACAGAUAUUGAAGUCUGAUGUAUGGCAAUAUGAGUAAGCAUGGCCUGAUCUAUGUCCUACACCUUCAUCUCAUCUUUACCCUACACCCAGACUGGAUAGUUGCCCUCCUCCCAAACUUGAUAUUUGCCCCCCUACCCCUACCAAUCUUUGCAUUAGCUAUUUAUUUAUAAAAGUGCAAUUCAACAUUGCUUGAGAGAGAAAAUUUCCAGCUCUGUUAUUGUACUAGCAUGUGAAGAUUGGAGCAGUUAUUAUUGCCAAUUGAUUUUUACAGAUGGUGGAAGAACUCUGGCAGCCAACAUGCGUGGUGUGGGAAUGGCACCUAAAGAAGAACCAGAGUGGAAAAAACACAUUAGUGGUGGUGCCAAGGCCUCUUAUGGCAAAAAAGAGAAGAAGUCAAUUAUUGAACAAAGACAGAGUUUGCCUAUCUACAAACUGAAAGAUGAUUUGCUCAAGGUAACAUUUAAUCUCAAAAGCAGCUAAAUGAUUCUCGAUAUAAUGAUUACAGCGCAUAUUUAAAAGACCUGUCAUUUUUUGAUAGAAGAUUUUUAUAUCUCUUAUCAAUAACUGACUGUCAAAUGAAUUUCAGUAGCUUUUGAUUUUUUGUGUCACAUUUUUGCAAGUAUUUGAUUUUUAAAAAAUAAAAGAUAACUGCUAAAUUAUGGUAAAAUUUAAAAUUGGCCGCCUUCAUAAUCGCAGCACAAUGUAUCAGACUAUAAUUUUUUUUUUUUAAUAUUAAAAUUGAAAUUUGAAUGAAGACUGUUCACUUGUUAUUUUCAUACAAGAAAAUGUUUUUUCUUAAAUAUUGUAAGAUCUCAAGUAUUUUAAGAUUAUUUUCUGUUUAUUUGGAAAUAUUUUCAGUUCUCUAUAACAUAAUUUAAAUUGUGAUUAUUACCUCUCUGGACUCUGGUUUUCUACCUGUCAGGCUGUUUCAGACAACCAGAUCCUCAUAGUUAUUGGUGAAACAGGCUCUGGUAAAACUACACAAAUUACACAAUACUUGGCUGAGGCAGGCUACACAACAAGAGGCAAAAUUGGCUGCACCCAGCCCAGGCGUGUUGCUGCCAUGUCUGUUGCCAAAAGAGUGUCAGAGGAGUUUGGUUGUCGAUUAGGCCAGGAGGUAAGGAUUUGUGUUUUCAUAAUUAAAUGAAGUGGAUUACUUAAGGCAACAUGAAGAACAUUUUUUUUUCAAAACUAUAUGUAUAUUGAUCAAGGAGGCCACACAAAAAGUGUCAAACAUUUUGUAUCCAAGCAUUUUAGGUUUGACUGAAUUUUUGUAUAAACUUAAAAAUAUAUAUAUAUUUUUUUUUAAUUUGUAAAAUUUACAUUGAACACUUUGGCUUUGGGACAAAAGCUGACUUUUGAAAAUCUGAUUUCUGUGUCCAGGUUGGUUACACAAUUCGUUUUGAAGAUUGCACUAGCGCAGAGACGAAGAUCAAGUACAUGACAGAUGGUAUGUUGCUUAGGGAGUGCCUUAUUGAUGGUGACCUCACACAGUAUUCCAUCAUAAUGUUGGAUGAGGCCCAUGAAAGAACAAUACACACUGAUGUGCUCUUUGGGCUACUGAAACAGGUUAGAUGUCAGUUCUAUUUAGAUUGUCAAUGGGAAUUUGAUUGUCUGGCAAAGAUUUAACUUUAAAAAAAAAAAAACUAAUAAAGAAAAAUCCGGUAAAAGUUGCAAAAUUUCAUACAAUUAUUGGAAUGUUUUUGUUUUACACAGACUGAUUUUACACCUUGAAGGACAGCGGGGAUGGCAAAUUGUGACCAUUUGGUCGCAACAUGAAAAUUAAUUAUUGUUGUAGAUGGCCAUGAGUUCAAUAAUUUGUAUUUUCUAUUGUUUCUAAUUGUUCAAUUUUUCAACAGGCUGUAAAGAAAAGGCCAGAUCUGAAGCUAAUCGUGACAUCAGCCACACUGGAUGCAGUCAAGUUUUCUCAGUACUUCUAUGAAGCUGUAAGCAUAAAAUCAUAUAGACAGUUUAUAGUCGCUGCUGUUAUUGUACUAAUGGUUAAAUAAUAUACCCUUUUUUAAUUUACAGGGAAUUGAUUACAGGAGGGUAUCAUAAAAUGAUAAGUUUAACCCUCAUUUUAAGAAACAGUUACGAGUAAACAUCCUAAUAACUUAAUUGAUUUAUAGGGUCAGUGUUAAAAAAAUAAAAUAAUGUGAAUAAAUGAAAUUAUAUUCAUCAAAAAUAGUCGUUAAAAAAAAAUUAUUCAAUAUUAAAAUAUGAUUGCUUCUGUAUUAUUUCUCGUGGAGCUAAUGGAUUUAAUGUCAAAUCAAUUUUAUUUGUAGCCAAUUUUCACCAUCCCCGGGCGAACUUAUCCUGUGGCAAUUCUCUACACAAAGGAAGCUGAGACUGAUUAUCUUGAUGCAUCAUUAAUUACUGUGAUGCAAAUCCACUUGACAGAACCACCAGGUGCAGUAAAUCUUAUAUUAUAUACUUCAAGAUUUAAAAAGUUGGCAAAUCUUUAACAACAUGGUUUAUACAUAUAUAUAGUUCAACAUUUGAAAUUGACCAUGACCGCCCUUAAUUAUCAUUUAUGUGCUUAUUCUUAACUUGGCUGGGGGUGGGAAUGUGGUCAAUGAGACAGAUUCAGGCGUGAAAUUUUGUUUUGCAGUAAGUGCAGGGGAUUGAUGGGACAUCUGCGACGUGCAGAGUUGACCUGGGCUUUUCUGGCAUGUCUUUUGUUCUCUGCAGUCGCUGUUCUGUUAGCUUCAUGAUGUGUUCGCUUCAUGUUGUAUGGAACCUUUGUGUUUAUACAUAUUACAGAGUUGAAGGUCAAAGAUAAAAACCAAAAAGAAAAUUUUGAUAAAUCAAACAGAAGUUGAUUUCAUCAAUGAAGCUUCUUUAUUUAAUUUUGGAGGGAAUAGGCUGUUUAUAUAUAUUUUUAACUAGAUUAAAUAAUUAAAACCUUAAAAAACAUUUUGAGAUGAAAUGUUUAUUUUGCUGCCAAACAGAUCUUUGCAUUUUUUUAAAGUAAUCCUAACCCUCACAUUUGAAUAAAUCCUUUCAGGAGACAUCCUACUUUUCUUAACUGGCCAGGAAGAGAUUGACACAGCUUGUGAGAUUCUCUAUGAGCGCAUGAAAGCCUUGGGUCCUGAAGUUCCUGAUCUAAUUAUCCUCCCUGUUUACAGUGCUCUACCCUCUGAAAUGCAGACUAGAAUAUUUGAGCCGGCUCCACCUGGCUCCCGCAAGGUAAGCCAUCCUUGUUUGCAUUGGAAUUAUAUAUAUGUUAGUCAUGAACCUUGUAAUAACCAUUGAAACUUGGAUGUUGUAUCUCAUAUUUAAAAUUAAAUUAAAUGUUACAUAAAUAAAUAGCAAAGAUUAUGAAAUAUUCAUUACAAUAAUAAUUCCUUUUUUUUUGGUUGGUCGAAAGAGGUUCCAUGAGCAAGUGGUUUAAAUGUUAAUUAAUUAGUGAACAUGAGAAUAUUUAUUUUCUCAGGUUAUCAUAGCUACAAACAUUGCCGAGACAUCCCUGACAAUAGAUGGAAUCUACUAUGUCGUUGAUCCAGGGUUUGUCAAGCAAAAUGUAUAUAACUCUAAGACUGGUAUGGAUCAGCUGAUUGUUACACCCAUUUCACAGGUAGGUUAAAAGCUCAUUUAAAUCUCAGAAAAAUCACAACUUCUUCUUUUAAAAGAAAAAAUAAUAAUACAAAUUCAAAAGGAUGAGCAUAAAUUCAGGCCGACGGUCUUAAUAUCGUGACUAGUUCACCUUCGACUGCAUGAAAUUUUGUCCAAAAAAUGUUUUGGUAAAGACAUUCAAAAGAUUAUAAAUAUUUUUGUAAAUACCGGGUACAUGAACUUAUUUAUCUAUUUAAAGUGGAGCAAUGAUUUUUUUGUCUUCAUUUUCUUAACUGCUGUUGAAUCUUUAAAAACUUAAAAAAGUAAAAAUGUAUGAUUAGCUGAUAGAAGGGUUAAUAUGUAUUUUAGUUGACAGUUUUUAAUUUAUCUUAUUAAAUUAUUUAGGCACAGGCCAAACAAAGAGCAGGAAGAGCUGGGCGCACGGGGCCAGGAAAAUGUUACCGCCUGUACACAGAGAGGGCGUACAGAGAUGAAAUGUUGUCAACCAAUGUUCCAGAAAUUCAGCGCACCAACCUGGCAUCCACAGUGCUCAGCCUCAAAGCUAUGGGCAUCAACGAUCUCUUAUCAUUUGAUUUCAUGGAUGCUCCCCCCAUGCAGACGCUGAUCUCAGCCAUGGAACAACUGCAUGCGCUUAGUGCACUGGAUGAUGAAGGUUUACUCACACGUCUGGGACGCAGGGUAUUUCUUCAUAUUGCAAUCAUUUUUUUUUUUUUGGAUGAGAAUUUGUACAGUUUUAACUGUCUUACGUGUUUUUUUCAUCAGAGCAGUAUCAAUACCUGCUGUUUAGAAUGUUAAUGAUGCUUACCAGUUGAACAUUUUAAUUACGUGAAGUUUUACCUUGACUUUAUUCGUAUUAUGUGAAGCUUUACCUUUGACUUUAUGCGUAUCAUGUGAAGCUUUGCAGUUGAAAGUCAUUGACUUGUGUCAUAAAAGAUUUUGCAUUUUACACAUAUUUAUUUUUUGUAAGUUUAAAAAUAAAAAGUCAUUCAGGUUAGGACUUAGGACCAUUACUUAUGGUUGUUAAAAAACAAUUAAUUAUUGUUGCAGAUGGCAGAGUUUCCCCUUGAGCCAAUGUUAUCUAAAAUGCUCAUCAUGUCUGUUCACUUAGCAUGCAGUGAUGAGAUUUUAACAAUUGUCUCCAUGUUGAGCGUACAGAAUGUCUUUUAUAGACCAAAGGUAAGCUGACCUUUCAAGUGAUCUUAUUUUUACACAAUUCACACAAAUCAUAAAGCAGCUAUAUAAUCAGGAGAAUAACAUUUAUGCGGGCCCAUUUGAGCUCGUCUUUUAUUAAGCUUAGGAGACGUUGGAAGUGGGAAAAAAACAUGUAACAUAUGAGUCUUGUUGCAGGACAAACAAGCUGUAGCUGAUUCAAAGAAAGCCAAAUUUCACCAAGCUGAGGGAGACCACUUGACACUUCUUGCUGUCUACAACUCAUGGAAAAACAACAAAUUCUCUAGUCCUUGGUGUUAUGAAAAUUUUGUACAGAUUCGAACACUGAAGCGGGCUCAAGAUGUCAGAAAACAAAUGCUGGGAAUAAUGGAUAGGUACUUGCAUUGAAUCUUUAGAAAUGCAUUAAUUUUAAUAUCUGGUUUGGAGGCAGUGGCGUAGCUAGGGGAGGGGGGUCCAAAUUCGAAAGUCCCGCCCGGGCCCCUACUUGAGGGGGGCCUGUCCGAAAAUUUUUUAACAUAAAUAAUGUCCAAUGUCAAAAUGCAGGUGUCCCUAAAGAGGCCAAGCCUCCCCCAGGCCCCCAAAUCCCUAGCUACGCCACUGUUUUGAGGUACAGCACCUUUAUUAUAAUAUCUCUUAUUAUUCAUAACCUUUUUUUUCAUACACUUUCCAAUGAAGGUGUUGGCUAAUUUUUUAUUUUUUUAAACACCCCCUAAAGGCAUAAACUGGAUGUGGUGUCAUGUGGCAAGAACACAGUGCGGGUACAGAAAGCGAUUUGCAGCGGUUUCUUCCGCAAUGCAGCUAAAAAAGAUCCGCAAGAGGGCUACAAGACUAUUGUAGACAGUCAAGUGGUGUACAUUCAUCCAUCUAGUGCACUUUUUAACAGGCAGCCUGACUGGUGAGUCCACAUUCUUUUUUCUAUUUCUUUAAAAUACUUGAGACAAUGACGGAGUGUAACGUUAAUUACUUUUUAAAAGAAAACACUUUCAUUCUUAUGGUGAAUUUAAAAAAAAAAAAAACUUAACUUAAAAUCUGGCACUUGGAUAUUUUAAAUUAUAGCUAUACUACAAAAUGAUAAGCUGUGCUUUACUAAUGACUGGACAAUCAGUAUUGAUAUCUGUGAUCAAAUAAUUGCUUAAAUUAUCAAUAACUUACUUUAAGACAUUUUUAUUUCUAGCACCGGGUAUGUAAGCUGAGCAGCACCAGCAUCAUGACUUUGGUUUUCAAUGUCAAUGUAUUUACAUUUUGAAUGCUUUAACUAUUUAUUGCAAGAACAUCUAAAACACAACAAUGCUACAUUUGUUGAAAACAGUGAAUGUUAGAGUUUACAGUAUUGUUAGUAUCUUGCCCUAAUUUAUUUAAGUGAAACAAAGGCUAUUUUUAGCAAAUUUAAUUACUGUAUUUAUUGGCGUAUAACACACCCCCGCGUAUAACACGCACCUCAAUUUCAGGGGAAAAAAACUAAACAUUAUAUCGGCGUAUAACACGCACUCAUGAUUUGCCCCUAUUUUCGGGGAGAAAAAUUGCGUGUUAUACGCCAAUAAAUACGGUAUAUUAAAAAGAAUCUUCGAUUUAUUUUCAUUCGAAAAUAAAUCCUAUCUUGUGUACCCGAAUGAGUUAUGAAUGAGUUAUUUACUGUUGGUUGUUUUUCUACUUAAAUCUAAUCGUUCAAUGUUGUCCAUCUAGGGUUAUCUACCAUGAGCUGGUCCUGACAACUAAAGAGUACAUGCGAGAGGUGACAGCCAUUGAUCCCAGGUGGCUUGUAGAGUUUGCACCCAAAUUUUUCAAGCACUCCGAUCCAACCAAGCUGAGCAAACAAAAGAAACAGCAGAAGAUUGAACCCUUGUACAACAAAUAUGAGGAACCCAAUUCAUGGCGUAUUUCUCGUGCGUUCAGAAAAUUCCACACAAAAGUUACAUUUUAAUUUGUUGGUAAUAUGUAUGCUAUGUAGUCAAUGCUUAGUAGAACCUUUACCCGAAGCAGGGCCCCUUGUUGAAAUUUUCAUUGAUUAAGAUGAGAGCUACAUACAGAUUGUAUGCAGUAUUUUAGAAAGGUUGCUUACCCUCUCAAUAAGGCUGCUUGAUAGGGACACCAAUAAAUAAGCAUUUAUUAAAAUGCUGCAGCAGUAAAGAGGAGAGAAAAAAAUAUAAAAAAAAAAAAAAAAAAAAAAAAAAAAAAAUUUUAAACGGGUUAAAAUGAUUCGUCAGUUGCAAUUUAAGUUAUUUUUGUAAAAACUUAUUUCUUUUGUAAAAAAAAAAAAAAACCCACAAAUUAUUAAGCAUAAAUUUGUGUUAAUCUUUAAAAUUUUAAGGAAUAUUAGAAGGAAAAUAAGGUGACUUAAACACUAACCUUGACUUAAGUUUACUUAAUAAAAUUUGUUUAUAAUUGAAUUAGUUUUCAUUUUAUUUUGUUACAUCAUGUCUUAUUUAAUUGUUAUCACAUUUCCUUAAUUAUUAAUGUAAAAUGGUGAUGAAGCAUGUUUUUUUAAUUCCAUACAAUGAGACUACCUUUAAGUAUAAUGGAUAUAUUUGCUAAGCAUUACAAAUGAAAAUUAAAAAAUUAUGUAAAUUAGUCAGAAUUAUGUUGUUAAAUUGUUUGAAAGAAAAAGUUCCAAGCAGUAUCUUAUGGUGGUAAUUGAUUUACUUUCUAUCUUGUAAAGCACUACAUCUGCUUCAUCUUAUUUAAUUAAAACAAUCUGGUUCCUGAAUUGAUUUUGAGCACAGGUGGUCAAUUACUGUUAAACUAUUUUUUAUGCAUAGGCCAAAAACUUAAAAUAUACUAAAUUUUAAGUAAGGUGGAAAAGUGAUUUCUCUUGGAUGAAAUCAUUAACUGAGAACAUGACUAUUCCACGAAAAUGAUAAUUGGGUUUGGACAUGCUUAUUUAUCGCAGUUUAACAAAAAUGACUUUUUUUGCUUUAUUGAUUCAGAACUUUAUAAGUUUCAUUACCCUUAUGAAUGGAAUUAACACUAUUUUUUUAAUAUGAUAUGGAAUUUAUGGACCAAAGAAAUUUUUUUUUAAAUUCACUACAUCAGAAGUAUUUUGGAGGUUUAUUUUAAAGCUAUUUAUUUAAAUUUUAAACUUCAGGCCUUAUCAGAAAUGCAAGGCUUGUCAUAAAUGUAUUUGGUAUAAAGGAGAGAUCAAAUAAAGAACAUUAAGGUUUACAGUAACCACACCUUGUUCAUCACUCUUUUCAUUAAUGGUUAGCUUUACAUUUCACUGUCCCGUAAGAGUGGGGUACAGGACAAAUCUUACAAAGGUUUUUGAGCCAUGCUAAAGAUGAAAAUUCUGUUCUAAAAACUUUGUUAAUAAUUGAGAAUUGUACAGCUACUUUAUUUCAAGACUUGGAAAUAAAAUGAUUCCAGCCAGUUUCGUAACUGACUUCAAUUUACAUUGAAUGGAGCAUGUGUUUACUUUAGAAGCGAUUACGAAGAAGCCAUCAUAGCAAUUAAAUCGUCUACAUUUUUAACAGCUAGAUAUUAAACUUUCAUCCUCCAAAAAAAUGACCAGACGCAGGAAGAUAUUUAGCAUUGGAUUGGUACUUACAAUGAGUCUCAUACUAGGCACUUUCUACUUUGAGACCUUUGGCCCUGCAAAGAUUAGGCAGCUCCAGCAACUUGCUUCUAGAAAGCUCUACAAUGACAGUUUAAGAACAGACAGUUCAUUUAAAGAUAACAAUGCUUUGCUAGAAAAAGCAUUGUUGGCAGCUUUGCUUCAAGGAGCUUAUGGGAUGGAUAGCAGUCAUAAAAACAAUGAUGCUGGAGAUGAUAUGGAGUUUAUCAAAGAGCCCCCAAGAGAUGCUGUCAUCGCAGAUGAAGGAAACCUUCGUGUGAAGAUGCCUGGUUUGCACACGGCAGUUGAUGAACAGAAACAAGAAGCAGAUCCUGAGGCACCGGCUCCAACCGAAUCACCUUUCUAUGAUGUGAAUGUGACGGACUGGACAAACACCUCUAAACAAGUGGUGGCUAGUUUUUCAAAAUAUCAUUAUAUCGACAGGAUCCAUUACUGGGGAGCUGCCCAAAAUGACAGGUUCAGACCUCAUGAGGAUGCUUUGUUCGCUAUACGUCGCUAUCAAUCCCCUUGGCUUGUUCAGUUCCGUCCUCCUGUUCCGUUGCCUUUCAACAGUACCAUCUGCAGUGGGUCACCUCCAUUUUUCCUGAUAGUGGUUCCUUCAAUGCCAAGCAAUCGUAUGGGCCGCAUGGCUAUUCGAAACACUUGGGGCAGUCUUGGUCAAACAGGAAUUUGGCCCAACAGGAAACUAAAUGCAAAAGUUCAGAUCUUGUUCGUGGUAGGCUAUGAAGUGACUUACCCGAGAUUCGAUCCAGUAAUUCAUGAAGAAAGUGAAACCUAUCAUGAUGUUUUGGAAUUCAGCAUGACCGAGGAUUAUCGAAAGCUCACAGUAAAAAUGCUGGGAACGCUACGGUGGAUAAAUGAAAACUGCAAAGGUGUUGGGUUUGUCUUGAAGGCCGAUGAGGAUACAUUCGUCAACAUUCCGCUGUUUGUCGACUUUCUUUUGCUCUAUCAAGGCGCAAUGUCAAGAACAGUUCUAGGAACCAUGUACAAUGCACCAUAUGUUCGACGAUGGGGGAAAUGGAGGUUGUCAAUAUUGGAGUACCCUUUUGAACGAUUCCCCUCCUACGCAUCUGGAAGUUCAUAUCUCAUAGCGGGUGAUGCUCUUGAUGAUUUGCUGAAAGCUUCAGAGUUUUUUAUACCAAUCCCAAUAGAAGAUGCAUUCAUUUCAGGAGUGUUACCUAAAGCUGCCGGUAUCAGAAGGUAUCAUACCCCAUCUAUGUCUAUGAUGGGUGAGGCCGCUUUUUCUAGGAAUUUCCCAAGAAUGUGUGACUUUUUGGGUACACGUCUUACAAUCACUGACUGUACAAUGGACAUAUUUGAUAGAAUGUGGAUGGCAGUCCAGGUUGAUUACUGCAGGGCUAGUGGCCGCUGGGGGCUGGAGAAUAUUGCAGAAAAGUGGCAGUUUAAGAGACCAAGUAACUAAGUAUUUACAAAAAAAAAUCUUUUUGUUUGCUUAAUUAACACUAUUGAUUACUUGAAGUUUACAAGUUAGAGUUAAAAUUAUAACCAGUUACAUAGAUUAAACUUAGUAUGGUCUUGGGGGGAAAAAAUUAAAUGAAACACAUUAAAAGCUUUAAGUGCUAUAUACUUCAGACUGUCUGUAUAAGGAUACGAAGACAUAAACUCCUACCUAAAUAUGUCCUUGUCUUUUAGGAUAUUUAUAAAAAUCAUGAAUUGAAAACAAAAAUUUGGGAAACCGAGUUACUUGUCAUUCUUAAAUAUUUUUCACAUUAAAUUUCUGUUAAAUAUUAAAAAUUAUCCUUUUGGUUCUCUAAUAAGAAAUUUUAAUAUAGAAACACCUAAAGAAUUUUUUCGUUUAGCAUUUUAGAUUUCUUUCGUGACAGCAACAUUCAAAUGUAC